ACCAAAGUCAGACAACCACACUUGCGCAGUUAGCAUGCUUCGUCUGAGAAUGGGGAGGAGUGGGGAGGAUUCUCGCCAGAAAUUUUAACUCGUACCUCGACUUUGUCCCUUUGUCAUGUUAAUCUCCAUCUUAAAGAAGUCCGAACUGCUCUCAACCAGAGUAUGACAGAAGACCAAGGGCAAACUAGUCCCACUGAUUGAACACCUUGACAAUGGAGAGCUUGUUUCCCCAAAGCAGCACUGUUGUUCCUCUGGGCUGUGACACAGAUUGUGUGGAAAGGGAGAAUGGCAGUACAGAGUGUGGAGCUGUGUUGAGGCGUCGUUCCAGGGCGGAGUUGCAUGGUCUGAUGGAGACACUGCAGCGCAGGAAGAGUGCCCUGGAGGCCAGUUUGAGAGUUGCAGAAUGCAGCCGGGGCUACCUCAGUGUUCCCCCCUCUCCUAACCUCCCAGGGAACAUACCCUCUCUGCACUUCCAGGGGAAUAUACCCUCUCUACAGGAGAAGUUUCUCCUGCCCGGCGCUGCAGAGCGGCGCUCCUCGUCCUCCUCCAGAGCUCUCCCGUACCUAACAAGCAGCAGCGUACCUCCUUCACCCCGUGCCCCCUCGCGCCACCAGUCACAGGACAGUCUGCUUCUGUCUAGCCUUGCCGACGGCCAGCCACCUCAGACAGCCCUGCUUUCCAAGUGGAGCCCUGGGAAGCCUCGACCCCCCCGGGGCCACAGUGGGGCCGCCAGCAUGCCCUCCAGCCCCCGGAGCCACAGUGGGGCUGCCAGUAUGCCCUCCAGCCCCUGUCUGGGCCGCAGGCGCCACCUGGGAGAUCCUACCCAGGAAAACACCCUCCGCCAGAGGAAGUACUCCACUGGAUCCCUCAAAGGCCUGGGCCUGCACAGCCGCUCACUGCCCCGGCUCCACGCAGAGAGCCCGGCUCUGUCCCUGCCUCUCUCACACCGGGGAGGAGAAGCGAUGCUGACCUCUAAACCACGCCGCAGCCAGGCGUCUCUGGAGUGCCCCCCAGACCUGACAGUCCCUGCCUGUGACCCUGAUGAUGCCCCACGCCGGGCCAGCCUGGCAUCUCUCGUCGUGCCGGCCUGCCAGCUGCAACGUGGAGGGGGGCUGCAUGGCUCAGCGCCCUGCCUGGAUCUGGACCUGGGAGACAAGAGGCUGUCGUUCAGGAAAGCAGGCUUGUCAGCAAGCCAGAGGAGUGGCAGUAUCAGCUCCUUCAAUGGGAAGGAGGAACUACGAGACUACCACCAAAGACAGAGGGGAGAGAGGCUCAGGGAGCAGGAGGUGCAGAGACUGGAGCGGCAGCGUCUGAAGACCAUCCUGAGUCUGUGCUCAGAGUUGGACCUGGUUGACAGAGAUCAGGGGGGCUCUGUGGUAGCUACUUCCGACCUGCGCAAGAUCAACAAGGAGCUUGAGAAGCUGAACGUGUCUAAUGAUGAGCCCCUGUUCUCAGAUUUUGCUAACUCUACUCCAGUAAAUGACUCAGAGCCCAAGGCCCUGGAGAAGUGGCAGGUUGGUCAUUACGGGGAUCACAGGUCCCAAUGUUCUGCUGUUCCUCCCUGUACCAAGGUAGAUAUGAAGGCAGUGAGUGAUGUUCAACUGAGACAGGAAGUGACGAGUAUUGAAGAAGAGAGGAUCCAGGUGCUGAAUAACAUUGAAGAGCUGGAGCAGAAGAUUAAAGAUCUGGACAACCAGAUGGAGGAAUCCAUGAGAGAGAUGGAUGUUGAGCAGGCUUUGCUGGAAGGAGAGCAGGACUCUGAGAGCGCCCUUCUGCAGAGGGAGAAGGAAGUUAUGGACCAACUCAACAAGAGGAUUGGAAGCAUCAAGAACAAAGCCCAGAGAGACCAAUUCCAGGGUGUGCCCCACCCUCAGAGUGUGACUGAACCCCAGGGUGUGACUGACCCCCAGGGUGUGACUGAGAUGGAGACUGGGCUCCACCCACUAGAGAACGACGGACAACAGGAUGAGAUGAAGGACUACGAGACCCAGAAACUCCUCAGAGAAAUAGCAGAGUACCAACGCAGUACUGUCAGUCACAAGGAAAGGCUCCUGACUUUAAAGAAACAGUUGACACAGAUAACCCAGCAAGGUCACAGAGAAAAGGAAACCUUUCUCAGAGAGAAGAACAACUUGUUCAUCGUGCUCCAGAGAGAGAGAGAGAACCUGUCUUCCUUGGAGAGAAAAUACAUUGAGUUCACUGGAGGGCAGGCUUUCCCCAACAACCGCGUAACCAUGAAAGAGCACUUUGUUUCCCUGGAGGAGAGACGGAGGGGCAUCCAGGAGACUGCCUCUCAGCUGAGCGACAACCUUUUCCGUAGAAUGAGCAAGCCACCCCCCAGCUCCUGCAUCAGCUCCAGCCUGGGGCGGGGCCUGGCCCCCAAGGCCCACCUUUCCCUGUCUCAGAGCGCCAGCUGUGGCAGUGUGGUCUCACGAGGCCUGUCCAUCUCCCCCAGAGACCCUGGCAGUCGCUCCAAGGCUGACCAAAGCCACAUGUACACACGUGAGGAGAGACUAAGACUGACAGCCCUUUGCAGCCGGACUGUGUCAGAAUCCAACGUUUUCCAGGAGUCCUCGUGCUACACAGAUAAUGGACACGCCUUUGAUACACUCAGUGUGGACAGCUCUGACAGCAUGGAAACCAGUAUAUCUGCCUGUUCACCAGACAAUAUCUCCAGUGCCAGCACGUCUAACACAGCCAAGAUUGAGGAGAUGGAACGUUUGUUACGAGAUGCAGAAGUAGAGAAACAUCGACUUGCGGAACACAGGGAGCGAGAGAUGGAAGUGCGCAGGCAGGCUCUGGAGGAGGAGCGGAGGAGGAGGGAGGUGCUGGAGCAGCUCCUGCAGGAGGAGACCAGCAGGAGGCAGAUGCUCAUUGAGAGGGAGGUGAAGCUGAGGGACAAACAGAGAGCACAGUCCCGCCCGCUGACACGUUACCUGCCCUUGAGGCAGGAUGAUUUCGACCUGCAUGGCCACAUCGAGGCAGCAGGACACAGUCCCCGUGCCUGCUUCCACUUGGCCAUCACUGCCAAGACCUGCCGGGGCUUCCUGGUCAAGAUGGGCGGCAAGAUCAAGACCUGGAAGAAACGCUGGUUUGUGUUUGACCGAAACCGAAGAACUUUGGCCUAUUAUGCAGAUAAGCACGAGACAAAGAUGAAGGGAGUAAUUUACUUUCAAGCCAUAGAGGAGGUCUAUUAUGACCAUUUAAAGAAUGCACACAAGAGCCCUCACCCCUCCCUGACAUUCAGUGUGAAGACCCAUGACCGGGUCUACUACAUGGUAGCUCCCUCUCCUGAGGCCAUGAGGAUCUGGAUGGACGUGAUCAUCACCGGGGCUGAGGGCCACGCACACUUCCUGAUCUGAACCCCUCCUGCAUGCUCGGGGUCAAGGUUUGGGGUCAGUGGUGGUUACUAUGACUACAUGUUGGCUACCUACCAAAAGUCAGCAAAUUACAAACAUUUUACUAUCUGUAAUAUGUUUUUCAAACACACAGCUAUGCAACAUUGAACAUUUUUACAUUUUAUUCAUUCAGCAAACGCUAUUAUCCAAAGCAACUUACAAAUAUUACUUUGAUAAAUAUAUCUUCCACCCAUCAGUGAAUCUGGGUCUCUCCUCCUCCUCCUGCCCAUGUCUGUCAGGUGGUGGAAUGAUAGUGAGUUUGUCAUCAAUCUCAAAUUAGAGACAUGUGUAUGCCUGAUGUUUAUAUAUUAAUAAUUAAUUAAACAAACAUUCUGGCAGGUGCAGCUAUAUUCAAGGGUGGUCAUGAAUAUUCGAAUAUUCAGAUAUUCUAACAGACUAGUAUUCAGACUAAUGAUAUUAUUUGAUCAAAUCAUUAUCACAGAGCUGUGAGAAAAUUCAGAUGUGUUCCAAUUGCCAGUGUGUUCCAGUAGCCUAAGUAUUACCUUCAAUUAAAGUUUUGAAAGACUUUAAAUCAAACUUAGAAUAUCUGAAUUGAAUAAGUAGUUCACUGACAAUAUACUGUACCUUUCAGUGCUCCAAUGCUUGGUUAGGUUGUUCUUCUUUGCUACUUAUUGUCAUUCAACAAUGCAUAAAUAUGUUAUUAUAUUUUGGCAAAGUAUUUAAGCAAAACUUAAGAAAAUAAAACAUUUUCCGGGGUUAGUUAUUAUAUCAAAUUAUAGAAAUGUGAAAAUACAAUAUACGUUGACACAUAUAUACUGUAUUUAUAUUAUUUUUAUACACACACACUCUACUCAAAUGCCUUCUACACAUUGGCUGUGCAGUGGAGGUGAUGCAGCUCAUAGGGAUCUGUGGGCUGUGCGGUAGAGGUGAUGCAGCUCAUAGGGAUCUGUGGGCUGUGCGGUGGAGGUGAUGCAGCUCAUAGGGAUCUGUGGCCUGUGCGGUGGAGGUGAUGCAGCUCAUAGGGAUCUGUGGGCUGUGGGCUGGAGUGAUGCAGCUCAUAGUGAUCUGUGGGCUGUGCGGUAGAGGUGAUGCAGCUCAUAGGGAUCUGUGGGCUGUGCAGUGGAGGUGAUGCAGCUCAUAGUGAUCUGUGGGCUGUGGGCUGGAGUGAUGCAGCUCAUAGGGAUCUGUGGGCUGUGGGCUGGAGUGAUGCAGCUCAUAGGGAUCUGUGGGCUGUGGGCUGGAGUGAUGCAGCUCAUAGUGAUCUGUGGGCUGUGCGGUGGAGGUGAUGCAGCUCAUAGUGAUCUGUGGGCUGUGCGGUGGAGGUGAUGCAGCUCAUAGUGAUCUGUGGGCUGUGCGGUGGAGGUGAUGCAGCUCAUAGUGAUCUGUGGGAUGUGCAGUGGAGGUGAUGCAGCUCAUAGUGAUCUGUGGGCUGUGCGGUGGAGGUGAUGCAGCUCAUAGGGAUCUGUGGGCUGUGCAGUGGAGGUGAUGCAGCUCAUAGUGAUGUGGGCUGUGCAGUGGAGGUGAUGCAGCUCAUAGUGAUCUGUGGGCUGUGCGGUGGAGGUGAUGCAGCUCAUAGUGAUCUGUGGGCUGUGCGGUGGAGGUGAUGCAGCUCAUAGUGAUCUGUGGGCUGUGCGGUGGAGGUGAUGCAGCUCAUAGUGAUCUGUGGGCUGUGCGGUGGAGGUGAUGCAGCUCAUAGGGAUCUGUGGGCUGUGCAGUGGAGGUGAUGCAGCUCAUAGUGAUGUGGGCUGUGCGGUGGAGGUGAUGCAGCUCAUAGUGAUCUGUGGGCUGUGCGGUGGAGGUGAUGCAGCUCAUAGGGAUCUGUGGGCUGUGCAGUGGAGGUGAUGCAGCUCAAAGUGAAUGUUUCUCUGUUGUGGACUGGCCUCUAGUGGAGGAAACAGAUGGUGUCUCCAGGGCUUACCAUAGGCAUACAGCAUACUAUAAAUCUUGUCUGAUCUACUGUAUGUGGAUCAGUUUCAAUGUUUUACCCUAAUGUUUUUUACAUAUUUAUGCAAUUUAAAUGUUAAACCUAAUAAUCUACAAAUUAAGAAUAUACAUUUUGUAUAUAUUUUGGGGGGGUUAUUCAUGCAUGUUUAUAAAUAUUACAGGAGUAAACAAUUUAUAAUAAACAACCAAUAUUUGAUUGA